UCACAGGGGCCCACGAAGGGCCAAGGAGGCUCUCUCUGAGUCACACACUCCCCCUCUGACUACCCCUUCAGCCCUAGGCCCACUGCCCUUUCCCCCAAGAUCAGUGAGGCAUCCCUAUAUGACCUUUCAGCCUUGUUUUCCUCAUUUACACGGUAGGAAUAAAAACACUGUCUGCCUUGCCUACCUUCCUACUUAACUCACAGGGAAAAUGGUCAGCAUGCAAAAGUGUACAUUUCAAUGAUCAAAAAAGCAUUAACUUACCAGAAAAUGCAAGGCCUAACCAUUAUCACUGGAGCCCUCGUGGCACAGUGGUUAAGAGCUCAGCCGCUAAGCAAAAGGUCAGCAGUUCGAAUCCACCAGGAGCUCCUUGGAAAUCCUAUGGGGCAGUUCUACUCUGCCUAUAGGGUUGUACAGUCAGAAUCAACUCGAUGACAAUGGGUUUUUGGUGCCAUUACCACUACUUCAAAGUGAGGGGCAGGGGAUAGACCCUUUCCUCAUUUAGACAAGACCUUGGCUCCCGUCCUCCCAGCCUGCCCACUUCCCCAACAACUGCUCUGCAAGCCCCCACCCUGACCAUAUUUCCUCUUCCUCCUUCCUGAUGCCCAGCAGGUCGGCCGUAUGCCAGGGCUAUGGGAGGCUGCCCUCUGCCGACCACGUGAUUCCCCAGCACAGCAUCCACUGGAAGUCCAGAAUUUUGGACCAAUGUUGCCGCCCAGUGGUCAACGGAAGCACUGCAGGGAAACGAAUGUAGCUCAGCUUAGGUCCGUAUUUGGCACGUGAUCUUGUGAAAAGGGGAAAGAGCAGAAAUCUCCUCAUGUGAUUCCCGGGUUCUGUGUCCGGAGGCAGGCACAUCUACCAAUGCCAGGUCAAGGCUUUUGGAGAAAACGUAUCUGGCCAUAUCUCAAGCCAUGCAAAAAAGCUGCUGGGGUAGGUGUGAGGAGUCGGGAGGAAGGAAGAGGGGAUGCUAACUAGGGGGUAGCUUGUCUGAUUGGUAGACAGCCCUGUCUAUAUUUGUAUAUUUUAUUUCAGUGUUCAAAGCCAUACGUCCACUCAGCGUUUGCCCCACUGUGGCCCAUUCACUGUGACCUAGCCCUUGGUGUGCUUUUGAACACCCCCGGCCCACCCAGAGGGCACCCACAGCAUUUUCUGGUGGCAAAAGAGGCAGUGGCGAUUUCUAUUUGUCCUUUUCUUUUCACUGGAUCCAAAGCGCCAUUUGGAGAUGAAGUUCAACAGAUGAAAGCAGGGCUUCUGAGAGGAAGGAGUUGGGAGUUUCAGAGAAAAAAGAAAAGGGAAAGGAAGGGAGGCCCAUCAUAAGACCAAGAAGUGCAGAGAACUGAGCCAGGGCCUUCUCCUGGAGACUCUGAGACAGAGCCCCAGGAAGAGGUGAUGACAAAAGAGAAGGCUUCUCAAGCUUCAUAAGAGGAAGUGGGCCCAAGAGAGACGCAUGGGAGGUCAGACAACGGCCAGGCAGAAGGAAAGACAGCAAACUGAGCUGCUGGGAGCUCCUCAGCCUUGCAGCCCUGGAGCCCUGCAGCCCUGGGCACAGGAAAUGGGAGGCAGAGCCUCAGACCCAAAUGCAGGCCCGAGCCUCUGGCAGCACAGGGGAGCUGGAAGAGAGAGGUGCUGGAGCCGCCAGAGGAGUUCGGCUGUCAGUUCCAGGCAACAGCCUACCUGGGCCUGGGGUGCAGGGCCCAAGUCCUGAGCAGACACCUCAGCCAAGCGCAGGCAGUAGGGCACUAUGCCAGGCUAAGAACAUGUUGGUGUUUGGGCUAUUGCGCAGACCCUGUGCAAAUACGUAGCAAAUAAGCAUGCCCUAGGCCACAGCACAGGCCCCUGGGUAAGGCUUGUUCCUCGAACCUAUCCCUACUUCCGGAGCCCCUCAAACAACACCCCAUGGCCUUCACCCAGCAAGAUGCCCUGGGAGGUGGGGCUACAAAAGGAACUGACUGCCCUGGGGGGUAGGUGGAGCCCAGCACUGAGGGGGCCAGAGGGAGGCGUUUCAAGGGAGGAGCUCAGGCCAGGCUGGGGGUCGGGACUGGAAGAGGGUUUUCUUGGUUCACUCUGACUUGGUACCUCAUUCUGCACAGAACUUUUUGGAUGUCAGAGGGACGAGAACACUCAGAGCGAGGUGUCGCCCUCCGUGAGGACCCCGGAAUCCCCUGGGCUCAGGAGGGAGAGAAGGAGACAUCUCCUGGGCAUCUCCAGAACCCUGGCUUGGACUCUGACCAAAGAGUGCCCACCAGCUGCUCAAUAGGCCAGGCACCCAUUUCUCUGAGGCCUGCAUCCCUCCCUCUGGGCCAAGACAGGAAGGCAUUGGGGCCUGGGAUCUACAGCAGCCCAGGGAGCUACGACCCCAGGGCUGUGGCUGUGAAAGAGGAGCCCCGGGGACCAGAGGGCAGCCGAGGUGCCAGCCGCAGCAGCUACAAUCCCCUGCAGUACCAAGUGGCACACUGUGGGCAGACGGCCAUGCACCUGCCCCCGGCCCUGGCUGCACCCAGCCAGCCCCUGCGCGUCCUCAAGGCCCCUCUGGCUGCUGGCGCACAGCCCUGCAGCCCCCUCCUCAAAGCGCCCUCUCCAGCUGGCCCCUCACACAAGGGCAAGAAGGCAGUGAACAAAGACAGCCUGGAGUACCGGCUGCGGCGCGAGCGCAACAACAUUGCCGUGCGCAAGAGCCGGGACAAGGCCAAGAGGCGCAUCCUGGAGACGCAACAGAAGGUGCUGGAGUACAUGGCAGAGAACGAGAGCCUCCGCAGCCGCGUGGAGCAGCUCACCCAGGAGCUGGACACCCUUCGCAACCUCUUCCGCCAGAUCCCUGAGGCUGCCAACCUCAUCAAAGGUGUGGGGGGCUGCAGCUAAGCCCAGCUGGCUGGACUGUGGACACCAGCUCUCCUGGCCCAGCCUGAUCCUGGGGACUCCCUCCCUCCUGGGGCCUUAGAGCCCCUCACAGACCAAGCAAGAGACAUUGACCCUGGACAAAUGGCAGUGCGGCGACAAGGAAGGGUGGGUCCCAGCAUAAUGAUUCUGUGAUAGAAUAAAAUUGUACUGUGACUCUGUGCUGGGGCUGUACCCUGGACCUGUGUGUGUGUGUGUGCGUGUGUGUUUGAGUGUGUGGUAUGGGGGACACGGAGGGCCAGAAAUGUAUGUGGCUGGGUCUGCAUACCUCUUGUUUACAUGCCCAAAUGAAUGUGCUGUAAUACAGACACACUGCCUACAGCUCGCCCCCACGGCUGUCACUCUACUCUUCUCAUUUCCUGGUCCACUUCUGUCCUUCUGGAAGCUGAAGGCAGCCCCUCCACCCUCAGGCCCUGGCACAGCCUCUGGAUACUCUUCUAAGAGAGACAAGUGAGAGCAUCUCAAAAGCCUACAGGGAGAUCCCAGCAUGGCACCUUACAGUCCCUUAUGCCUAGGCCUGCUGACUCAGGCCCUGGUCUCUCUCACCUUGAAGUAUAUAGGUCUUGGCGCUCCUGCUCCAGGUGACCAAAGGAAAAUUCCAGAUGGCUGUGAUAGUUAUGGUCCUCAUGCUCCAGCACUAGGACUUUUCUCUCCAGUUCCACACCCUCUGUUUCCACCAGACCAACCUCAUCUGGCUCCCACCUACCCACACCCAUCUUUGUCCUUCAUCCCCUGGGGUUCUGGUCCUUCUAAGGCUUGAGAAUCUGAGUGCCUGGGAGAGAAAUCAGUAGAGAAUGUCCUUGAUAUCUGAUCUGUGUGUGAGAAAAUCGAUAAUGAGGAGGACGAUAGCAAUCUGCCUGUGCCAGGAAAACUCCAAAUUCAGAGCAUUUUCUUUUUUGCAGAACUACAGCUUAGGAGGCAGAACAGUAUAGUCAUUCAGGACCUCGGUUUGAAUCUCCCUCUGCUACUCAAAAGCUGUGUGACCUCGAGCCAAUCACUUCUGCUCUCUGUGCCUCAGUUUCCCCAUCUGCAACGUAGAAAUAAUAAUCGUGCCUACCUCACAGUGUUGUUCUGAGAUGAGCUUGUAGAUAAACAGAGCCCACACAUAGUACGUAUUACAUGAAAAUUGGUUACUGUUCCAUUUUGCUAGAGCUGAAAGGACCUCAGAGAUCGCAUCUAAAUGUCUCAUUUACAAGUGAGGAAACAGAGGCUUAGAGAGGGGAAGGGACUUACCCAGAGUCACACAGCUGGCUAGAGGCAGAAACAAAAGUAGCUCCAUAAAAUCACAGAUCUCAUGAGGUGCUGGAGGAGACCUCAAGAGAUCAGCUGGUGGGCUUUGCCCUCCGACCAGCAAGAUAGUGCGAGCCACAUUUCAUAGAUAAAGCAGUCCAGAGGGGAUAAGAGCGUCUCUGUAGGCUCAGUCCCUUAGCUGCCUCAACACAGAGUACCUACCCCUCUACUCUGCUCCUACCCUCAAGGAUAUAUAGCCCAGGGUGGGGCACAUGAAUCACAUUCAGUAAGUAAGCAUGAAUUCAUUGCCUGACAAUGUCAGAGACCCCAGGGUAGAGCUAAAGUCUUUCCUAGGCCACCGAUGACUUCUAGGCCACUGCUGGGAAAGCCUGAGUUACACACCAAGGAAUAAUUUUCUGCAUCUCCCAAUUCUCUUUCUCUGAUCUCCACCCUCUCCCAAUCCCCCAAAUGUAAGAGCCUUCCCACACUUGGCAUUCUGUAUAGUACGCCUGCCUCACCCAGGACCCAGUCCCUUUCUGCCUCUGCCUCUCAGGCACCAUCUCUCCCAUGUCUGUGUCCUGGGCCCUGUUCCUCAGGUCUGGUUUCGGAGGACAGAUCCGAACCUUGAGAGAUCGUGUAUUCCCUCACCUGCUUAAGGCAUGCUGAGGGACUGAUGGGAGUGACUUGAGUUUGGAAGGGGGUGGGGACAUCUCUGUGGAUUCCUGGGAGAAUCCUCACACCUUCCUGUCAGCCCAGGGGGCUGGGUUGUGUAAGGGGGGUUAGUACAGAACAUGGUAACCAGUGACUCAACCUCCGGAUUUCUUCCUCUCAGCUCAAGACCACUGCCCCUGACUCAUUUCCAAGGUUCUGGGUGGUGGGUCCUGGGUUACUUCAGCAUCAGCCCCAAGCUUCUUUCCCACAGCUCUGAAUUGUGUCUGUCCCCAGUACCCCCUCUCCUGUCAGCUCCUCCGGGUGGCAGCCUGGCAGAGGCUUUCUGACUAGCACUGAGUCUGGGGGUGAAGAACCAUACCCCCACCUACCUCUGCAUAGCCCCACUGUUAGGGACAAGCCACCCGAUCCCAGAAUAAGGCAGAGUAGCUGAACACACCCCAAUCCUUACGUCAGAUCAUCUCACAGGGAGACGAUGGGGAGGGCUUUUAACCUGAUCUGAAUUGAUUUUGGCCAAAGUAAUUGAUUCAAGUAUUUGUUGACCGUUUUUUAUGUGCCAGUUCCCUACUAGGUGCUGAGAAUACUGUAGUGAACAAAACAAACCCAGAUCUUAGCUGAAGGAAUGGAAAAAAAAGUCAAUAAACAAAUAUGCUGGAUGUCUUCCUUUGCCCCUCCAGUUCCCCCCUCUACCCUUUAUCACCCUACCCUGUCACCCUACCCUAAACUUCCAACAGGGUGAGGGGAGACCAGCAGGAGACUGGAGGGCAGGAGGGGAGUGAAGUUAGUGUUUAUCCCCUGGCUCCCUCCCUGACACGGCUCCUCCACACAAUUCCCUCUCACAGGAGUCCCCUGCCCUUAAGGCCUGCAGGGUAAGGACUCGCCUGCUGACUGGAGCCCAGGGUACUUCAACCCUUGUUGCUUUCCCUUAGCCCAGUGCACACCUUUAUGGAGUACCUUCAUUAUAAGUUCUUCAUUAUCUGUUACCCCCAUUUGAAUAUGCCCAUUGGGAAAACAAACAGAGAAGAAGGCUAUUUUAGUUGAGAUGGUCAAGGACUCUCUGAGGAGGUGACAUUUAAGUUGAAGCCUAAAAAGUGAGGAGGAGGAUGCACCAAAUCAGAGGGAAGGGUAAACAGCAGGGAGAACAACUGCAAAGUCCCUGAGGUGUCUGGGUGAUCAAGAAAGAGAAAGGAAGGUGAGCAUGCCUGGCUGAGUGGAAAGGAGGUAGGGGAUAAAUAAGAAAAAUGCCCUCCUUGACUCUAGAAUGGAGUUGCAGAUGAUUCUCUUUUCAUUCCCUCUGCGGAGAAGGACAGUCCUUACUAAGCUGGAGUAGGACAGAGAACAAGUUUCCCUGCUCUUGGGGUCUGCUUUUCCCCACCCCAAGUCCCUCCUCUCACCUUUACCACAGUAGAGGUGCUGAGGGAAAGGAGAAGGCAGAGAGAGGGAACCCAGGCAAGAGCUCAACCCUGCCUGGGGAAGGAGCAAGGACCUGGAAGGCGGUUACUCUUAAAUACCAGCAAAUCAAGGUCCGAACAACACACACGUGCAUUCCUAUUGCUUUAGAAUCCACAGCUCAGGUCCCAGCAGAACUGGGGCCCAGGACCAGAGUCCUGGGCUGAGAGACAAGUUCUCCAGGCCACAGGGAAGCUGCAGAGAAGAAGGAAGGCUGUGGGGAGAUUCCGUGUAGAGGGAGGAAGCUGCCCAAGGUGAGCCUGCCAAGGUCAGUCAGCGGUGGCGGUAGCUUGUGAAAGCUGCU